AUGGCUUUAGCAUCCCAUCAGAUCACCCUCCCGUCGCUUAAGCGCCAGUGUUCCUUCAUCACGUCGUCGCCAAAAAAGGCAUGCAUCCGAUCCAAGGAUGUGUUUUUGGCGACCGGUGCCGCAAUCUGCUCCUCUUCCGAAGAUGAGUUGAACGACUCCGACGACGAUACUUCAUACGACGCCGACCAGUUGCGGGCCAAAAGACGUGCGUCCACUCGCAUGUCCAUGUGGUCCAUGGACUCGGACAUCAGCCGUGCUGUCGGCCAAUACAGCGAUGACGAAGACGACAAUGAGGAUGCUGACUCAGUCGCCACGUGCAUCAUGCCGACCAGAACUAACUCCGUCUCAGACCUUCAGAACAAGUACAAUGCCAGUUACGCCUCCACCACGUCCCAGUCUGCGAAGCUGAAGAAGCCGUUACUGGACUCUGACCGCUCCGCGAGAUUGCGCUGUUUCGAUUAUUUGGUUGGCUCGAUCGACGCCGCAUGGGCUAGAUACUGCGAUAUGACCGCUUAUGCAGAAGAAGAGGUGUACCGCUAUGGUAACAUCGAAAAGAUCCCGACUACUCCGGCGUCAGUGGCUACCGAUGACGAAGGCUACAAAUCUGAGGGUUCCACCGACAUUACCGAUUACGAGAGCGACUACGGGUACCUGACCAAGCAGGUGGCCACCCCGGUGAGACGUCCUUCGAUGCUUAACCCUGCCUCGAACACGACGGAAGAGCCAUCCAGAUGCAAGUUGCAGAACUUGAAGGCCCGUUUGAUGAAGGCCAAGUACUACUUGCAGGACUAUGUCGAAUCCAAUGCUGCGAGCGAUUGUGAGUUGUUCUGGAAGCGCUGGGACUUGGUCAAGUAUGCCACCAUUGAGUUGGUGGAAGACGACGACGAUGAAGAGAUUAUCGAGGACACCAUUGAGGAACUAGAACAAGGCCGUAUCUAUUAA